ACUGAUAGCGUCACCCGUAAGCAUCGUACUGAGUUGUUGUGGCCCAUAUCUUGCGAUCCCGUUCACUUUUCCUUCUACUUGAUUAAUCUCGAACGGAUCCCGCUGCAGCUGUCCGACGCGCGUUUCCGAAUAUCUGAUACGCCGUUGUAACGACAGCCUUCGCGCGGGACACCGAACGCAACGCGACCAAAAUCAAUCGUCCUCCGUGCUCCGGUCCAUACGCGUACCCGUUCGACUUAGUCACAGGGUCGCUCGUGUGCGCGCGCGCACGCUGCUUUUCACCUGUCGUCGAUAUAGCGUGGACACGCUUGGACUAUGGCUGGCAGAUCACGAGGACGCAACUUUAACAACAGAUACCAUUACACCAAUCCACGUAAUGAACAUGAUGAUCGAUCAUCUAGACCAAGCACUAGUCGAGGAGGUGGUGGUUAUCCAGAUCGCCAUGGUUUUAAUAAAAAAGUGACAUUUAAAGCAAAUAAUCGUGGUGGUAACCAUUUUCGUAAAAGCUGGGAAAAUAAAACUGAUUUGGUUCGUGAGCAAUUGGAUAGCAAUGAAUUUUCCAGCCAGAACGGACAAUCUAACAGAAAUAGUUCUGGUCGAAGGUCUUAUCCCGAAAGGAAUUAUGGCCGUGGUGGUCAUGGUAACUUCAGAAAUGCAUCAUGGGCUUUAAAAGAAUGUAGCACAGGAUGGUAUUCUGUAUUUGUACCAAAUGUUGACAAUUGUGAUGAAGUCCUGAAAAUAAUUCAAACCUAUAUUGCACCGAUUGUUUUUUAUCCAUAUAAUAAACAAUAUUUUGAUAAUGCAUUAAGAUUUCUUGUUGACGAUUUUAAAAUUGCCAAAACAUUGCAAAAUACCAGUUAUAAGAUAACACUAAGAGAUGAUCGAAAAUUGAUUAUUAAAGUUGUGUGUUACUUUCCUCCUCGUGGACCAAUAUCAUUUACACCUGUGUCUAAUGAAGUAAAAGAAAAAAUGAUUGAAGCAAUGGCAAUUCGUUACAAUCCUAGUACCAAAAGUUUAGAUUUAUCACGGUUUUAUGCAUGUUCAUUAUUUACUGAUAAUCAAUUGUUUGUACCACUAAAUCGACCAGCAGUUCUUUUGGCUGCAUUAAAUAUGGUUGCUCAGCAUACUAAACAUGACUUAUAUGGUCUUAGUCUUGAAAAUAAUCAUAUGUAUCUAGGAGAAGGACUCAUAUGGAUACGUAGAUUGUUUCCUGAAUUAAAAGUGUUAGAUUUGGCAGGCAACAAAUUUUCUGACCUAAAAGAGCUUAAAUGCCUUAUGGGUUUUACUAUUGAAGUGCUCAAUUUGUCGAGGAAUCCAGUGUGUGAUACAGAGGACAAAGAGCGUUACAGACGGGAUGUACAACAAUUAUUUCCUUUGCUAAAUAAAUUGGAUGAUUUGGAAUUGCCUUCUCGAUAUAGUGCCAUUGUGGGGACGAAAUUAAAAAUGCCAAUUAACCUGGGUAAUAGUUACCCAAUUCCUGAAGGGCAUAAUCCUGAACAGAUAAAUCCAGUCACAACUUUAGUAGAAUCAUUCUUAACUCAAUAUUACAGUCUAUAUGAUAACACAGUGUCCAGACAAAUGGUUUCUGAAGCUUACCAUGAAAACGCUACAUUUUCAUUAUCCUCUUGUUUUCUGUCCACUGUUUCUAAAGGUAGUUUAACACAGUAUAUGCCUGAAUGCCGAAACUUUCUGAAAUUUGAAAAACACAGAUCAGGGAGAAAUCGUCAUCUACACAAAGGCAGAGAGAAUAUUGUUAACUUUUUAGAAAAGUUACCCAAAACCAAACAUGACCUUGGUUCAUUUAUAGUCGAUGUACCAUUAGCAAAUCCUGUAAUGGUUCAGAUUGUAUUAAAUGGUGUCUUUGCUGAAGACUUCAAAGAAACAAAUCAAAGGCAGGUUUUCCGAUCAUUUUGUAGGACAUUCAGCAUAGUGCCUGUUGGAAGUGGUUGGAGUAUAGUAAGCGAUAUGCUUUUUGUAACAGUAGUCAAUGAAGAGUUAUUAUUAGAAUCUUCAAAACGGUUUUAUGUUUUUAAAUCAAAACCUUUGUCAUCAAAAAAGAAUGAUUCCAAUAAUAGUGGUAACAAUAAUGUAACCAUGUUUAUGGAAGAUAAUGACGAAAUGCUUGGCAUGGAAUCAUCAUCAUCCUACGUGGCAUCUCCUACACCUAACUAUCCUCCACCACCAUAUCAGCAAAACACAUUUUCAUCUUAUCAGCCUUCGUCAAUGAAUCUACAGCAACAGCAGCAGCAGCUUCCACCAACUUAUCAAAGUAGUUCACAUACCCCUGCCAUGCUUAAUCAACCAACUUCUAACUUCCAGCAGCCGAGUCAACAAAUAUCCUUUCAGCAGCAGAAUCAUUCUGUAGCGGUACCAUCACCAUCAGUUUCAAACUUUCAACCCAAUCCACAACAGUCAAACAUGGCAUUUUCUAUGUUUGAUUCUACAUCAUCAGGAUCUGCUUCUGUGUCAGCUAAUCAACAGACAAAAGAAAUACUUUUGAAUGUAAAUAGUGAUGCCAAUUCAAACCCUGAUACAAAAUUGGGCAUGAUAAAGAGUUUUUCAGAUGAAUCUGGAAUGAAUGAUGAAUGGGCCAAAAAAUGUUUGGAAGAAAAUAAUUGGGACUACGCUAAAGCUGCUUUGUGUUUUUCAAAACUAAAACCCAAUAUUCCACCAGCUGCUUUUAUACGCUGAUGCGUGUAUAGUUAUGAAUUCAUUUAACAUAAUAGAAUGAGAAAUAUUUUAUUUUCAUACUGCGGACUAUUUUUUAUUUAUCUUUAUAUUGUUAAGUAUUAAUUUGUAUCAUUAUUUUGGUUUUUCUUUUUCAUACAUUUUAAAAAAAAAAUGUGAGAACUUACUAUGUAUGACAACUAAUACCAUUUACUUUUUUUCUUUUUC